CCUUCUAACCCACAGAUCAAAUGCUAUCACAGUAUUUCUUAUAUGUGAAACUAUUAGUCACUUUAUAUGCAACUAGAAUCCAUCUGAGCUUCCAUCUACACAGUAACAUAUUUUGUAAUGACAUGUACUGUUAAUAAGCUCAGUAUUUGUUUCAAGUUAAAGUUCAUUCUGAAAAUUAAGUAAGUAUCAAGAUGCAGCAAUUUGUGAUGGCUACCAUGAAAGCAUGUAAAAGGUGUGGCUUCAUAUUCAGCACAAGAACCAAUCACCAACGAACGAGAACUACCAAACCAACCAAUACCUCUGUAGAAGGAAAGGUGAUAGCAAUUCGGCGGGAGGAUCAGUCUGUAUGGGAGAGGAGAGCACCACUUGCACCAUCUAAUGUCCGUCACCUUACUCGUGCUGGAGUCAAGGUCAUUGUACAACCAUCAAACAGAAGAGCCUAUCCAAUGCAGACAUACGCUGCAGCUGGAGCGGUGAUCCAGGAGGACAUUUCUGAAGCAUCUGUGAUUUUCGGUGUGAAGCAGGCUCCAGUAGAUCUUCUGAUCCCUAAUAAGACUUAUUGUCUCUUCUCACAUACAAUCAAGGCACAGGAAGCAAAUAUGCCUCUGCUGGAUGCUAUACUAGAAAAGAAUAUACGCCUGAUAGACUAUGAGAAGCUGAUGGAUGAACAUGGGCAGCGUGUGGUUGCAUUUGGAAAAUAUGCUGGUUUGGCAGGCAUGGUCAACAUCCUGCAUGGUCUUGGAUUACGUCUCUUAGCUCUGGGUCAUCACACACCUUUCAUGUAUAUAGGACCAGCUCACAACUAUAGAAAUUCAUCUAUGGCUCGACAGGCUAUAAGAGAUGCAGGGUACGAGAUAGCUCUGGGUAUGAUGCCGAAGUCCAUCGGUCCUCUGACUUUUGUGUUCACAGGCAGUGGGAAUGUAUCUCAGGGUGGACAGGAAGUGUUUCAGGAGUUGCCGCAUGAGUACGUCCCACCAGACAUGCUAAGGAAGGUGGCAGAGCAUGGUUCUCACACCAAGAUCUAUGGAUGUGAGGUGCGGAGAAGACAUCAUUUGGAGCGAAAGGAAGGCGGAGGGUUUGAUCCUGAGGAGUAUGAAAGAUUUCCAUCCCAGUACAUCUCAACAUUUAGUAAAAAGGUAGCUCCAUAUGCUUCAGUCGUCAUCAAUGGCAUCUACUGGGCGAUUGACUCGCCCAAACUUCUCACUAUUCCUGAUGCCAAAACUCUACUGAGACCUGCCAACACUCCAUGGCUUCCAUCAUCAGUUGGCUCUCCUGCUUUACCUCACAGAAUGUUGGCAAUCUGUGACAUAUCAGCCGACCCUGGAGGUUCUGUUGAGUUUAUGAAUGAAUGCACGACCAUUGAUACACCGUUUUGUCUAUAUGAUGCAGAUCGCAACAAGGAUACGAAAAGCUUCAAGGGUCCUGGUGUACUGGUGUGCUCCAUAGACAACAUGCCGACUCAGCUCCCCAGAGAGUCAACAGAUUUCUUUGGGGACCUUCUGUACCCUUUUGCAUUUGACAUCCUUCAGUCUGAUGCCACUCAGCCUCUUGAGAAUCACAACUUUACUCCUUCUGUUGCAGGAGCCAUUAUUGCCAGCAAUGGAAAGUUGACACCAAACUUCCAGUAUAUACAGGAGCUGAGGUUAGCCAACAGGUGUAGCAGACAUAAAGUGUCAGGUUCAGAUGGGGAGGCACCCGCUAGGAGAGUUAUUGUGCUGGGUGCAGGAAUGGUGAGUGCUCCACUUGUGGAAUAUCUUCACAGGGGCAACAACUUGAAUAUCACUGUUGCAUCGGCACUGAAAGAUGAGGCAGAUGCUGUUGCUGGCCGCUACCCAGGAGUUGAACCAGUGCUUCUAGAUGUGGUGGAACGACCAGACUUGUUGCAGGAAUUGGUUGCGACAGGAAACCUUGUUGUGUCACUGCUUCCCAGUACGUUGCAUUACCUGGUGGCUGGGGCUUGUAUAAAUGCUGGUGUGCACCUCGUCACAGCAUCAUAUUGUACUGAUGAACUGAAGGAAAUGCACGACAGAGCUGUUGAGAAGGGCAUCACCAUCUUGAAUGAGGUGGGCUUGGACCCAGGCAUAGAUCACCUGCUGGCAAUGGAAUGCUUUGCUGAGGUGCAUCAGGCUGGAGGCAAGGUUGAGUCCUUUAUCUCAUACUGUGGAGGACUGCCAGCUCCAGAGUGCUCUGACAAUGCUCUGCGUUACAAAUUCAGCUGGAAUCCUCGUGGUGUCCUUCUCAAUACACUAAGUACAGCAAAGUAUAUUCAAGAUGGACAAAUUGUUGAAAUUCCUGGUGGAGGACAAAUCAUGAAAGAGACACAGUCACUUGACUUCUUACCGGGAUUUGCUCUGGAAGGCUUCCCAAACAGGGAUUCCACCAAGUAUGCCAAACUAUAUGGCAUUGCAAAUGAGUCCCACACUGUUUUGCGUGGAACUCUACGUUUUAAAGGGUUUGCAGACACAAUCCAGGGUCUGCAGCUUCUUGGAUUAUUGGAUCUAAAUCCCCACACUGCUCUACACCCCAAGGGACCAGACAUAACAUGGCGCCAGCUGGUGUGUACACUACUAGGAGUGGUAGACUCCUCCAUCUUCUACGAGAACCUCAAGACGCAGAUGGCACAGUGUGUAGGUGCUGCACGAGUCAGUGCCAUUGAGAGUCUGGGACUUCUAGAGGAAGACCUUGUUGUGAAACUUGGCACUCCUCUUGACAGCCUCAGCCAUUUCCUGUCUAGAAAACUAUCUAUUGAAAAUGGGGAACGUGACCUGGUAGUGUUGAGGCAUGAAGUGGCAAUACUGUGGCCAGAUGGAAAGCGAGAACUUCGUGGUAUCAAUUUGGUAGAGUAUGGUGAAAUUGAUGGGCAUUCUGCCAUGGCAAAGGCAGUUGGGUUCCCUGCAGCAAUUGCAUCCAAGAUGAUACUAGAUGGUGAGAUACAAGAGAAAGGAUGUAUUCUACCAUUCACGCCUGAUAUUUACAGACCAAUUUUGUCCCGACUGCGAUCAGAGGGACUCAGAGCAACAGAACAGUCACGUUGGUUUUGAAUUACACAAAAACACUUCAUUAUCCCCCUGCCCCUCACUUGGUAACUAUUUAAAACUAGUAAUAAAUCAGAGAUUCACAAGACAGUAUUUGGAAACAUGCAAUAUUUAUGUAAUAAUGAAGAAUACUGGCAAGCAGUAAGCAUGAUGUGAUAGCAAACUUUAAUGGAAAACUGAUGCAGCUUUUGAAAUUUCACAUAAAAAUUAAUCAACUUCUCUCUCAGUUUUCAGUAUAUCAGCUGUUUGGGUGUGAAUGCUAGUUUUCUUUAUAUAUCUGACUGUACCUUGCUAAAUUGGAGAGAAGUAAAAUACUGAAUUUUUGUUGUUCUUGUUUCAUAAUGAACUUUUGUUUUUCUAAAUUUUUGCCUAUUUUAGUAGUACAAUCUUCAUAGCGAUGAAAGUAAGUAGCAUUUAUAAAAGGUUAUGAACAGUAGAGUCACAUUAUAAAUAGUACACAGCUGUCGGCUUUGGUUGGUCACAGGCAGCCCCUAUUCAAGUGGCCUAUUUUGGGGAUUUUUUUUUUUUUUGGUGUCUUGUUAAAGCUCAUCCAUAAAGUUUAUCCAUUAUGUGAAUGGCAUUUCUGAAAAGUUCAAAUGUAUAGGGAACAGCUACAACAUUAGGACAAUAUUCAAAACAAAACACACUCUUACAAGUUUACUUAUGAGAACAAGACUGGAAGGAAGUCUGAAACAGAUGAACCAUUGUGUCUACAGCAUUCCCUGUGAGUGUAAGAGAAGCUACGUUGGGGAAACACAUAGACUGCUAGCCACGUGUCUCUGUGAGCAUAAACACGAUCUGAAAUUGGGUCUUCUAGAAAAAUAAAAAGUGGCCCAACAUGCCCAUCAGCAGGGUCAUAGGGUAAGAUGCAAUGAAGCUAAGAUUUUGGAAGUUGAGAAUAACAGAUACAGGAAAUACAAAGAAACAGCCCAUGUGGUGUGUCUCACAAAUCCCAUCAGCCAGUCUAGUUUGGAAAUUUCUCCAAUUUGGAUCCCCCUCAUCAGCAAGAUUAUCAACUCUCAAGGAAGGUCAGUUUUGAAUGUGACAGACUCUUCUGAGAACUUCUAUGGCUCUGUUUCACGGCUGUAUUCUUGGUCCACUGAUGGUGCUAGCAGUAGACAGAUAUGAAAGAGAAGAUAAUAUUUUGUAUUUUUCCUGCAUGGGGGUUCUGGUUUUGGAUUUGGUUUGAUGUAUUUUAAUUUCCAUUUCCACAUUACCCUUAGUCUUGACAUUCAUAUGCCUUCUUAUCAUUUCUAUUGUUAAUCUUAUCAUAAUCUCCUGUUGACAACUUGAUCCCAGGUGCUUAUUAUACAUUUGUAGUUCUGAUCUACAUUGUCCAGUGACUGAGAUUAGCUCACUGUAACAAACCCCACAGAGUAGACGCCCUCCCCCUUCACCACACCUGAAGAUGAGGACAAAUCCAGUCCUGGAAAUGCUGUGUAAUUUUAUAACAUCAGAUAAUGGGCGAAGUCCAAAAAAACCAAACAAUUCAGACUGUAUUACUCCAUAGUCAUAACCCUUUGGAAUAUAUCAUUUUGUUACAGAAAAAAUUCAUUUCAAGAAUAGAACUUGGAUAAAAGUGUGGACAUCAGUAAUGCUUGGGAAAGUAUUAGAAUGUCAAAAUGUUGUAUCACACUCAGUAUUAUGUGUUAAAAAGGAAUAAAUCAUGGACUGAU